AUGUCUGCAGAGCCUGCAGCAACCAAGCGCACGAAAGUGUGGCUCGACUGCGACCCAGGGCGAGACGACCUCGUCGCCAUCCUCCUCGCGCUUCACCUUCCCUCUCUCGAGCUCCUCGGCCUUUCUUCGGUCCACGGCAACGCGACGAUCGAGCACAUGACCUACAACGCCGUGCGAGUACUGUGCUCCUUCGCCACGCCCGAGCAGAUCGCGUCCACCCCGGUCCACAAGGGGGCCGAGCGCCCGCUCCUCGUUCGGCCCAAGGAGGGCGCGUCCGUGCACGGCGUCGACGGGCUCGGCGGCGUCGAAGGUCUGCUCGACAUGUCCGAUCCGACCGUCGCCGCAAAGCAAGCCGAGGCGCUCAAGGGCAACGCGAUUCUCGGUCUCGCCGACGCCUGUCGGGGUCUUCAAGACGGCGAGCAGAUGACCCUGAUCGCGACGGGCUCCCUGACCAACGUCGCCCUGUUCGCCCAAGUGUUUCCCGACCUGCUCGUCGACAAGGUCGCCCGCAUCGUCGCGAUGGCGGGAGCAGAGGGCCGCGGCAACAAGAGCCCAGUCGCCGAGUCGAACGUCUACUGCGACCCUCAUGCAGCAUCCAUCGUCUUUGACGCCCCGGUACCCGUCAUCCUUUGUCCUCUCAACCUUACACACACGGCCCUCUUUACGCCCACGAUCCAUCGCCAGCUCCUCGAGGGCCUCCCCUCGCACUUUCCCCCGACCCCACCCCUCACGCCGACCAACGGCAACUCGACUCUCCCUCGCGCCCUGACGCCGCUGCGGCACACCUUGUCGACCAACCUCGCCUUCUUUGCCGAGGCGUACAAGGCCAAGUACGGCAUGGAGGGUCCGCCGCUGCACGACGCGCUCGCGGUCGCGUUUGUGUCGCACCCCGAGCUGUUCAAGGGCAAGCGGUACCGCGUCGACGUCGAGCUGUCCGGGACGCACUCGCUCGGGGCGACUGUCGUCGACCUGUGGGAGUACCAGAAGGCGUCGCUCGACCCGGACGAGUCGAACUGGGGCCGCAACGGCAAGAACGUCUUGAUCCUCGAGUCGGUCGACGCAGCGGCGUUCUGGCGCGACGUCUUUCUCGAGACGGUCCGAGUCGCCGACGCGGUGGCGCCGGUCAACGCUGCGCGGCGGGAGAAGCAGAUGCGGGGCGGGACGGGCGAGGAGCGACGACGAGCGGACGAGGCCUGA